AUGUUUUCAUCACAAGCAUGUUCAGGUUUGCAUUCUCAUCAAAAAUUAUCACCAUGUCGAUGGUCAACAUCGGGCCCAUCGUUAGUUGGCGAACGUGGAAGUACACAGCUUGAUGGAUCAUUUCAAAAACCACUUCAAUUACUUACAAAUAAAAAAGCUCAUCCAAAAAGACAUCUUCUUUGCGCAAUUAUUUCAUCGUUAUUAUUUUUUGCAACUGGUGUUGUUGCUGUUUUCUAUGCUGCUAAAUCUUUACAUUGUGAACGAAAUGGAUAUUUUGAACAAGCAUUGAUACACUCACGUCGUUCAUUAUCUUGGUCGUUAGCAACUUAUGUGAUUGCUUUAUUCAUUUAUUUGACGCUUGGUCUAUUUAUUUUUGUUCGAUCGAUUGAUCAUCAUUAG